AUGUCCCAUUAUCGCCAGAAUCCCACUGAGGCCGGCAACCACCGACAUGCGUCGUACCCGGCCUACAUGGGCGCUCAUCUCGGAGCCCAACCCGACGUGCCGGGUAGCCACGGCCAGCAUGUUGGUCAUCAUACCGACACCAUGGGCGCUGUGAUGAACCAGUUCAGCACCCUAGCGCUCCCUGCUGGUCCUGGUAUGCCGGCGGCUUCGUCGAUGUCACAGAUCCAGGCCCACCAUGCCUACUGUGCUCCCCAGGAGCAGGCUGUUGCCUAUCAGAGCUACCCUGUUCCUAUGCAUGUGGGAAUGGGCCAUGAGGCUGCGUAUGGUUUUGGUGUCUCUGGUCAAUUCCCAGUACAGAGUGGGUUUGCGCCGCUUCCCGUCCCGUACCAUGCCAUGCACUACACUCCUGGCCGUGUCGCAUCUUACAACGACCGCAGCGGUGACGUUCCCGGCUUGGAGAAUCGCCGUGGGUCGUACUCAACCACCGAGUCAACACCCGCCACUCCCUUUUUCGGCAGUGCAUCAGAACGUGGCACGUCUUCAAAAGUGGCGGUGUUCCGGUCCAGCUACACCACCCCGUCCCCAGAGCAGGUCGUCGCUCCCAAGGCACCGCAGCCAAUUGACGAGGAGACCUUGGAAUUGCUUAAAGCUAACCCCGCCAUCCCGGAGGCAGUGCCGGCCGUGUUCACGCCGCCGAGCCACACCAAGUCGGUCGAGCAGUGUCUAGAGAAUAGAAUUCAUGGAAACCGAAACGUCUACAUUCGGGGGUUGCAUCCGACCACGGACGAUGACUUGCUCCAUCGCUACGCUUCUCGCUUUGGUAAAGUUGAGCAAAGCAAGGCAAUCAUUGACACCUCGACUGGCGCUUGCAAGGGUUUUGGCUUUGCCAAGUUUGCCGAUGUUCGCGAUUCCGAGAAGUGCAUUCGUGGCUUUUAUCACCUGGGCUACGAGGUUGGCUUUGCCAGGGAGAGCUUCAAUGCCAGACUCAAGGCUGAGGGUGACGAGUCGUCGACCAACCUGUACUUAUCAAACCUCCCUAAGCGGUUGAAUGAAUCGGAGCUCAACUCCAUCUUCACCGGUUACCAUGUUGUUUCCAGCAAGAUCCUUCGUGAUAGCAUGGGCAACAGUCGCGGCGUUGGUUUUGCUCGGUUUGAGACCCGUGACGAGUGCGAGGAUGUCAUUAAGAAGUACCACGGUGCUUCCAUCGGCGACGAGGGCAUGCUUAUGCAAGUCCGGUACGCCGAUACUCCGGCGCAGAAGGAACUGAAACGUAUCACUGCUGAGCGGCGCCAGUUCCGCACCAAUGAGUACAACAUUGGUGCAUACGGCACCGCCGAUGUUGGCAUUCACCCCAGCAUCUACAGCCCGGCCCCCUGGAAUCGCCGCGCCGCCGUGGGCCCCGACGGGAUUUUUGCACCCCGUGUGCCGUCCAUCCGUACUAGCAUCAUUGGCAGUAGCGCGAGCAUGGGCUCGAUGGUGGGCCAGGCUCUUGCGCAGACUCCCAAGCAGAGUCUAUCGGUCCGUGGCACGUCGUCGUCCGACGACGGCUUGGGCGACAGUGCGACUGUUGUCGACUCUCCGACCGUUAAGAGGGGCAGCACUCAGUCUUCUCCCACCGCAAAGACUGAGAAGGCCUAG